GGGCUGGAGCGAUGUUUACCAACAUGGGAGGAGCCGGACUCGGGCAGAAGCCCGGCGGCUUUCGUUUUGCAGGCGGGUUGCGAGACGGCGCUGCGCGGGGACAUGGCUCGGGGACUCUUUCACCUGCUCCUCGUGGUUGCGUUAGUUAUGGAAACACAUUGCAAAAAUGAUACAGGGAUUCCCAUACACACAGCACACAAUAAAUCUGUUACAAGGAGGAGAAACAUUGCUAAGCGAGAGAUUAUCUGUGCAGAGGAGGAGUACGUUUUAAAUGAUCAGUGCUGCAAGAAAUGUAGACAUGGUCAUGUCAAAAGUACUGAGUGCCCAAACACUCUAGCACAUUGUGUACCAUGCAAAUCUGGAGAGGAGUACAUGGAUCAUAUCAAUGAUUUGGACAAGUGUAUGAGAUGUCGUUCAUGUGACAUAGCACUCGGUUGGAAGGUUGUAAAGAACUGUACCCCAACAGAGAAUACAGAAUGCUCCUGUGCAAAGAACCAUUAUUGCAAUCCUCCUCAAUGUGAACACUGCGAGUCAUGUACCGUAUGUGAAAAUGGCCUAGUUGAAAAGGAAUGCACUUCAACUUCAGACACUGUGUGCAGAAUGCAAGAAGCAGGAAUGCCACCUUGGGGCAUCGUAUUUAUUGCCAUAUUUGUGAUAGCAUUAGCAGCUGCAGCAGGAUUCAUAUUCUACCGUAAGAGAAAACGGGAGAAUAUUAUUACCCAAGGUAACACAGCCACUGGUAGAGACAGUUCAGAUGAGACUUUAACACUCGUACCUGUAGAUGAUGAGCUGAGCCGCCAUAUCCCUGACAUCGUGAGGGAGAUGACACUAGAUGAGGUCAAGACAUUUGUUCGUUAUCACGGGCUUUCAGAACCUAUCAUAGAUGAAAUUAUCCAGGAUAACUUCAAUAACACAUCUGAACAGAAGAUUAAGCUCUUUCAGAAAUGGCACCAAAUGCAUGGGAUAAGAGGAGCCUACGGAACCCUAAUAAGCAGCCUGAGAGAUUUAAAAAUGCGUGCAGUAGCUGAUAAAAUUGAGGAAAAACUGAAGGCAGCUGUUUCAAGCCACCAGGAAAGGAGGGAGUCUUAUAACGAUAAAACUGUGCAAAGCAAUUCCUACAGUCAGGAAGGUGGAAAAUCUUAUCACGAUAAUGCUGAAAUAAGUAAAACCUACCCUGAGAGUUUGGAAGAAACAUAGCAUAGAAUUAUAUUAAAAUUAUUUCUGACUGAAUUAGUAUUUUUUUACUACUACAAAUAACAAAGCUUCUGAAAGCCAUUUUGUUGGCAGCUCAGGGAGUUUUUCAGGGUACUUAUAACACGAAGAAUAGUUUGGAUUUUUGUAGAGGUAUGUUUCCUUUAAAAAGAAGUCUUAACUGUUUAUUUUGAUUGUUAAAAACAGGACAGAUUUAUGGCUUAUUAAAGGUAACAAUAGAAGAGUUCAGCCAUAGGACUUGCUACAAAAGAACAAAGUAGUCACUGGCAGAAAGGUUUAACUCAAAUGUGGUAGUCCUGAACGCUGACUCAAUGUAGUGUUUCAAUUACAUUAUAAUUAUGGGAUGUUACAUUUUUCGAAGUGAAAAGUCUGGUGUUAAAAGUCAAUGAAAUAAACAAGGAAGAAUGCUUCAACAACAACAAAAUAAUAAACUUUUGUAUAAUAUACCCCUAAUUAAUUCUAAAUAUAUAUCUUAAUCAUAGAAUGGCUUGCUUUGGAAGGGACCUUUAAGGAUCAUCUGCCAUGGGCAAGGUUGCUAACCACUAGAUCAGGCUACCCCAGGAACCUUGUUAUAACACCUCCAGGAACUGGGCAUCCAUAGCUUCUUUGGACCAUCUGUUCCAGUGCCUCAUCACCCUUUGAGUAAAGAACUUCCCCCUAACAUCCAACCUAAAUCUCCACUCUUCUAGUUUAAAACCAUUCCCCCUUGACCUAUCACUACCUACCUCUGUAAAAACUCAAUCUCACUCCUGCUUAUAAGCUUCCUUUAAGUACUGAAAGGCUGCAGUGAGGUGUCCCUGGAACCUUCUCUUCUCAAACCUAAACAAAGCCCAGCUCCCUCCACCUAUCUCCACAGGUUAGAUGCCAUCCUCUGGAUCCACUCUAACACCUCCACAUUUUUCCUGUGCUGGAGGCCCCAGACCUGGAUACAGUACUCCAGAUGGGGUCCUCACGUCCUCCCUGAUUCAAGUGCAACACCUUGCAUUUGUCUUUGUUGAACCUCAUUAUGCUCAUGCAGCCCCACUUUUCAAGCCUGUUCAGGUCCCUCUGGAUGGCAUCUCUCUCUUCUGUGUCAGCAGUACACAGUAUUAGUGUCAUCAACAACUGUGCUGAGAAUGCACUUGAUUCCAUCAUCAUUGAUAAAGGCAUUACAGAGCACUGGUCCCAAAAUGGAAUCCCAGGGGACACCACUUGUGACAGGCCUCCACUUGGACAUAGAGCAGCUGAAAAAAACCCUCUGGCUGUAACUAUCCAAUCAACUCAUCAUCCACCAAAUAGUUCACCCUUCAAAUUAUUUUCUCUCUAAUUUAGAGAUAAGGAUGUAGUAUGGGAAAGCACCUGUGGUUUUAUAUGUCUAUAUUUAUCUGAAUGUAUAGAUGUGUUUUCUUUCUCAAAGCCCUCAGUACUAAGAUUACUUCCUAUAUUCUCUGCACUGAUUACAAGCCUAUUUUCAUAUUAAAAAAAAAAAAUACAAAAAAUAUACCCCACAAAUACAAAACCUUCAAAGAAUUAGAAACGAGAGAUAAAGUGGCACAACAAAGCCAUCGCUAUUUGAAGGCAAUCUGCACAAACUGUGAUGUCUCCAUACCCAGAUGUGUAGCAGUCAGCACCAUGUUUUGAAAAGAAUAAAAAAAAACAACAAACAACCAAAAUCUUACCUUCCUUUCAUCACAGAUUCCAAAGGUCUCCUAAAUUCAAUGAUCAAUAGCACUGAGCUGCUUUGUAGUGAGGCUUUUCUUACUCAUGCACAGAUUUACGCUAUCAUUCAAAAUCUUUCAGCAGAAGACCUUACUGGAAAGGUUAGAUUUUUUUUUUUCACCCAGGACCUUUUUUAGUUCUACCAUCCAUUCCCUAGAAGGAAUUUCUUAUUAAGCAUCAAGCAAAACACAAGAAAACCUUUCCAAAAGCUGAAGGCUGGGGUCUGUAGUCAGGUUCAAUUUUUGCCACCUGGCCCUAGGGUGUGGCCAGAGCAGAGUGGGUAUACAAGCAGGGAGCCAGGUGCUGGGAAUCAACCCCAGUGCAAGGCUGAGUGUCCACAGGUGCAAUAGGGAUGCUCACAAAGUCAUGCUGCUCGCAGGGCAGUGUUUAGCCCCUGAAAACAAUUGGGAGUGCAACCACAGUUCUGAGUGUUGUGCUAAGCUAAAAUGAAGAAUAGGGCUUACAUUAGUUUCAGUAACUUACAACUUUUCAUAAACUAACUUGUCCAAUGUCUGAAGGUCACUAAACUAUUUUGUUGCCAAACCUGGCUUGGCUCUUUGUCAGUUUUCUAACACCACAGAAGUCCAUGAGCCUGGAAAACCCUUCAAGCCUGCAUUACAGCCUUUUUCCUCUAAAUAUUCCACUUUUUCUAUGUGACCUGAUAAGUCAGCUUACCAAUACUAUACUACCAAAUUCCCCACAGUGCUGCUUUUGGGCAGCCAUAGCUGAACAGUUUAAUACAUAUGCACUUGGACAUUUAAGGACUAACUCCACAAUGUGGUUAAGGCAUUGUGUUGUAUAACUGACUUGUGUCUGUUCUAGCUGUGUAGAGAUCUGAUACUCUGGAACAGUGUGUUACUCAUUGCCAUGUUUUGAUCAGACUCUAUGUAUAGGAGAAUAAACUGUCUGCCUUUUGGAAAAGCAGCACAGCAGUGGUGUAGGCAGUGCUGUAAUUGUUUCCUGGGCUGCAGUUAUGCAGAAGUACAGCCAAAACAGGAAGGAAGAAAUGCUCUAUGCUCUGAUAGCUCCAAUCCUGGUUGGCAGGCUGCUCCCAGUACCACGUCCCACCCAGGAAGACUUACAUAUAGCUUAAAGGUAUGUUGGCAUUUGCUUGACUUGAAUCUUGGCUUUUCUUGGUUUCUGGCUUCAUCUCUCAAAGAUGGCAUCUGGUCACCAGAAACCAAAGUUCUUAGGACUUUAGUGUCAGUUAAUAUAACUGGUCUGAAUAAGACAGAUUUUAAAAUGGAAGCACCAAAUCUCAUAAACUGUGGCAGUGAAAUAGAAUGUGGAUUCUAUCUUUCAAUACAUUGGAAUUCCCCAACCUCAGUAAAAUGAGGAUGGUUAACUUUAAAAAAGUCCCUGAACAAUGAGUCAUAUUCUCCUUAGGAGACAUCUACACGGCUGAAACCAGGCUGCCAUGAACUCUAGUAGUCAGCACACAUUCUAAUUUUUUUCUUUACCAGGACAUUGUGCAACAAAUAAAAGGACUGAUAAUAUCAUGAAGUUGUUUUUUCUAAGCACUGAAUAUAUGUCUACAUUGACAAGUGUAAAGCUACCUGUCAAGCUUAAAGAAGUUGGACCAGGGACCAGAAGUGAUUUAGUUCUGCUGAGUCACACUAGCACAUCCAAAUUUCCAUUGCCUCCUGCUUCUGGCCUCAUUCUCACAUUUGGACUGCACAAGAAUAUAUCACUAGUAUGGUGUCACCUUUUGCUCUCACCUUUCCUUCUCCAAAAGUCUGCAGCGAGUUUCAUGCUGAUGAGAUGGCAACCACCACAGCUGCUGGCUGAAACUUAUUUCUGAUAUCUUUAUCCUGUGUGCUGCAAUCUACACACAAGCAAUAAUUAGCUUCUAUCUCCUCAGUAACAAUGUUGUGUAAACAGACAGCCAUGUAAAAUAAUACUUUUCAGCUCUGAGGAAAAAGGAAAAAAAUAAAAAUUAAAGAAAAAGGAAAACAAAACAAACAAAAAAAAAAGCAACAGAAAUGGCUUUGACUAAUACAGCUGUACAGUUAGUAGAAACCCAGCACCAGAAAAGCAAGUGGAAAGUGAAACAGAAAUUUGUCCAGGGAAUGAGUUGGCAUGUUUUGAAAAAGGGGAAGCUCCCUCUUCAGGAAAGCAAAAUUUUACAAAACACCUGCAUUUAUUAUAGAAAAAAAUAAAAAUAGAAAUAAAAAUAAAAAGGGGUGCAAAGCCUGAAGGAUGAAGUUCAGUCACCUGCAAACUGAAGGUGACCCCAUGAGAGAUGAGUCUACUCAGAAACUCAUGCACUCCUAGCAGUGCACACCCAGCCAUCGCCUCACCCAUGCUGCAAACAGUAGAAUGGUUGCUGCAAGCAGACCUGACCUGAAGGACAGCAGCGAGAUCACAGUGACAGCCUAGCACCAGAAGAAAGCAGGACAGUCCCAGGAUGCCUACAAAGACAGCAGUGCUGCUGUAAUCGCUGUUUUAAAGUCAUACUGCAGGCUGCCAGUUUGUGAAAAGGCACAGCGGAGAAAUAAAGUGCUUAGGACAGAAACAAAAAUGCUUCUUUGCAGCCAAUAUGACAAGCACACUAAAAUGCGAGAGAGCCGUAGCUUAUUUUCCUGCAUGGAGGAGACAGAAGGAAUACAAUAAAAACAAAUUUGGGAGAACAAUAAAACUGUGUUGCAAGAAGCUUCAGAACUGGACAGAUGUCCAUUUUGAGGAAAGAUACAAACUUAUAACAUACAGCCCUCUCUUACUGUUGUUAGGACUUUGAUUCUGGACUUGAAAGGGGUGCUUCCAUUGCUGCUGUCCCACUGCAAGCAAGCAGAAAAGUGCCCUCUGCACGCAUCUGGCCUCCAGCACGGAGCUGUGGCUGAGAACUAAGAGAGAUGUGGGAACAAUGACAAAACCUAAUGCACAAGCAGUAUGUUCUGGAUAGCUUUUCAGUGGUUUUAGUUCCUUUCCAAACUGAAAGCAUGGUUUUUAAUGCAGACAGUGCUAGAGGGCUCUUUCCCACAGCUUUAAGCCAAGGCUUCCUGCACCCUCAGUGAACCGGUGACUGUGACAGAGUGCUGUUCUUCAUUGAAGGCAGGCACAAAACACUCUGGUGAUGGCAGCAUUCAGAACAGAGGGCACUGAACAAAUCCAGGGAGGAGGCUGACCGAAAGCCAAGGCAGAAGGGAGCCAGAGAGCAGAGCUGGGGGGCAGUGCUUGGCCCCCUGCAUAGUGAAUCUCAUAGCACACCGAGGCCCUCCUUGCAUCCUUGUACCCUGAAAAGCAACACAUUUCUGAUUGCAAACAUCUCACCUCUUACAUUUGCUUUUUUAGCCUUAUAUAGGGUGUAGGAAGAAGGAAGACAAGCCAGGAGGCUAUGGGUUUGCCUCUGUGAUGUGAGAACAACAAAUACUUGUGUACUUUAUGGAGGGGUGUGACUGGAUUUAUAACAAAGAGUGUUCUCUUGUAUAUAACGGAUAGCGGUCACUCAAUAGUUGAGUAUUUUUGAACCUCUCAACCAAACCUCUUCACAUUUGAAUUCCUCUAAACUUGGAACUUCCAAAAAGCAGAACUUCCCACCGCACCAGAAGGGCAGUGAUCGGGGCCUGGUAGGGGCAGCUCAGCAGGUGGCAGCCUGUCACCAUACAGCCCAUGUAUGCCUCUUGCUGGCAGGAUACUGCUGUCUCACCCACGGUCUGCAGCAGGGCAUGAGGCCUUGGCCUGGCUGUGCAGAGCCAGGCUGGGCUAAUUCCAGCUCCUCAUGUUCCUCCUGCAGCCACAUCCAUAUCCUGAAGACACAUUCCACCAGCAUGCCACCUCAGUGUCACAGAAUGAUGCCUACUGGCUUGUCUGGUAUGAGGAUGGGCACGACCUGGCUCCCUUUCAAGUUGCACAAGCAUUAAGAGGCUCAAGGAAGUCCCAUGGUGCUGUGCCAAGCUCUGCAGCAGCACAGUAAUGAAUGGUAUCACUAGUUUUAAUGUUAACGACACAUGGAAAGAAAACGUAACAGUAAAAUAUUCUGACUGCAAACAGAGCACUCCAAAGCCUGGAAUUGGCACUAUUAGUGAAGUACGUGCAGCACUACCUGUGCCAGCAUGGAUGUGCGCUGCAGUGAAGCCUUAAUAAUUGUUCACAUACAAGCCAGCUGUGAGUCAUUCACUCAAUCGAUGCCUACGCAACAUACCAUGCAAAGGCUGGUGUUAGCAGCAGCUGAAAAAGUCAAUAGAAGAAGGGACAAUUGUCCUGAAAUCUGGCUCUCCUAGGAGUAAUCUUCUUAUCAUUACAACUAAGUGAAAAAGUAACUAGGGAAGACAGGGAGGAGAAGGGGUGGGCAGUGACAGUUCGGAAGAACUUGCUUAUGAAUAACAACCUUAAUUGUUACAACGCGCUAUUGUAAAUGGUUUUGUCUUCCUUCCCUUUCAGAUUUGUAAGUUCUCCUAUCACUUUAAAUAACUCUACAUUAAACGCAGUUUUGAUUUCUGUUCUAGCAAUGGGAACUUUGGGAAUAGCAACCUCAGAGAGCUCACUUGCCAAGUUUUUUUUUUUAGUAUUACAAGAUCUGUGGCUGUUGCUUCAAUUAGAAAAACUGGAACAAUCAUUACUGCUUAAAAAUAUACAACUCUGUACCAGGAGACAUCAGAGCUUGCAAAGUACUCCACAUAUUAUCCUUUUCGUUAGCAUAAAUAAUUUAGCAAGGAAGCUUUUUCUUUUGUGGAAGGUACACAGCCCCCUUUCUGAGAUAUUUCUCCUAAGAAAGGGCCUUCUAGGAAUUCAUUCCAGUCUCCCUGCAGCACUCAAAAGGCCUUUCCCUGCCAUCAGACAUGCUGCUAUAAGAAACUUCCAAACAUCC